CGCAUCAUUGCCGAUCUGCGAUACCUUGGGUCUCUUACCUACACGGGCACACGGCUGACGGCUACUAUUACUGCAAUGCUACACACGUCUUAAUGUCUGUCGUGACCAGCGGGUCUGUGAGCUUUCUAGGCGAGUUUUUUAUGAUGUUCAUUUAUAUUCCCUCUGUUCUGGGAAACGUAAUAAGUGACCAUCUAUUGAUAGUGGUUUCUAGUCGCUACUGGUCAUGUUUUAGUCGCGAGUGAUUAAAUUUUUUUAUUUCGACUCAAAACCAAUGUUUCUGUUUUUGUUUUAACUUUACGUAUUUAUUUUAACUUUGUCUGUGAUCUCAACCGUUGCAGUGUUUAUAUGGUCGGCUUACCGAAUGCAAUUCACUGACUUCUGGCAACACAUUUUGAUUAAAUUUUUUCUCAACGGCCCACAGUUACUUACGUUUCACAACUAAUCAACAAACUGGCAGUCUACUGUUUAUUUGUUGUAUCUAAACAAUCUGAAAACAAUUGACGCUCCUUAGCAGAUUUUAGUGAUGCAAAACAAACGAAAAUACAACAGAUAUCCAUUAUUUAUUUAUUAAAUUUAUAAUUCAGAUUUUAUUUGUGAAAUAUAAACUAAUUAUAUUAUGAAUUGAAGUUUAUGAUUUAAUAUGUCAGUAAUCAUAAAAUCUGAACCUAUUAGUGGAGUAGUGGAGUUGUCAUCGGAUGAUGAAGAAACAGUAUCAACACUGUCAACUAUUAAUAAUGUAAUUCCUAAUAACAGACCUACUGGAUGCUCUUCACCAGAUUCACAUUGUUCAAUUUGUCUUGACGAUUUAACCAAUAAAUGUUAUACAAAUUCAUGUUGGCAUUUAUUCUGUUUUGAGUGUUUACAACGAUGGUCUAAUUCUGAAGCAACUUGUCCAUUAUGUAAGAAAUCGUUCAAUUCUAUUUAUCAUUCAUUUGAUAAUACGGGCUUCCAUGAAACAUAUAAUGUUCCUACAUUGGCCAAUAUGCUGACACCAAGAAUAUACAUACGGCCAAUGAGUGAUUUGGCAGUUGAUAUAGACAGGAUGUUCAGAAUGAAUAUGUUUAUGGAUAUUGUCCGUAGAAACGAGAGAAUGUCACAUCAUCCCAUAUAUGACUUGGACGAUGUGGACCAUAAUCAAAAUGGUAUGAGUCCAUUUAUACAAGAACUGUCUGAUGAUUAUCCAAGUACUACUUUACAAAGACCAAUCUCUGGUCAAGCAAUGAGAAUACGAGUGUAUAUGGACGAUGCGUGGGCUUUACCACUACCUGAUAUGACUGGCCGUUUUAGAGAUUGUAGCUCAGCUUUCUACCGUGAUAAUCCAGCACAAACAUACAGAUUGCAUGCAUUCAUCCUUAGAGAUCUGGUUGCUGUGAGGGAAUCUGUAAGAUUAGAUGAUCAGUCAAUGCCUAUCCCAGCGUCUACUGAUGUUACUGUGACAAAUUUGAUAAUGCGAUCACUUGCAGCGUAUGAAAUAAGACAGUUACAUUUAGUCAACGUCUUAAGGCCUUUUCUACAUAUGCGUGCAGUACAUUUUUGCCAUGAACUUUACAAUUUUGCCAAUAGUCCGUACGACAUUGCGGGCUAUGAUCACAAUGUUCGAUUUACUUAUCCGCCGCAUGAUAGCGAAUUGACUAGGCCACAUUAUACAGAACUAUUACCACCAAUCCAUAUUCUUGGUGAAACUAUUGUACUGGAUUCAGAUAAUGAAGAAGUUAUAAGGCCACGUAUAAUGGAAGUUAUCGAAGUUAGUUCUAGCCCUGAUGACUCUGAUGUGGAAAUUUUAAGUCACUCCUUCCAUUCUAUCGAUCCACUUAAUUCUGCCUCUAUAGACCAACCAUCUACGUCUACUGGAAUUCGAGAUUCAUUAGAUCGACCAAAUAAUAGAUAUAAUUUAAGGAGACGAAGAAUAUUCUCACCAACUGUAAAUGAUUCUUCUAGUUUUCCUGUAUAUGGUAAUUUGUCUCGAAUUUCAUAUCCAUCUCAAGUAAGAAGAGGGAGGCCCAUGUUAGAUUCUUCAUCAGAUGAUGAAGAAUCAGUAACUGCUACUCGAGGUUCUCAAACUGCUCUUAUAAAAUCUCGAAAUGUUAAUGACAAAAGGAAAAAGAAAACAAAAAGAAAUAAAAAGAAAAAAAGGAAAAUAAACACCAAUGAUUCACGGUCUGAAACCCGCAGUACCAACAGAAAUCGUUCAUAUUCAGGAUCAUCGUCAUCUUCAGGAGAAACAGAUAUAAGACCAUUUAACGGUUGUAUUUUACGGAUAUAGUUCUAUGAAUUUGUAUUAAUUUGUUAAAAGAAAAUAUUUUGUAUUCGUCUGACUCAGGACCUAAUAAGAGAUCAACACAAUGCCUGAAGCUUUUUCAUUGUCACUUUCCAUCAAAAUCAGUUACUUAUUUAAAUCUGUUUUAGUUUCAUUAAAUAAAAUUGUAACACUAAAGGUUUAUGAGCAAAAAGUGAUAAAA